AUGGAGCUUACGCGCGGGGGAGCGAGGGGAGCAGAGCAGGGGGGAGCAGGGGAGGGGGAGCAGGGGAGGGGGAGCAGGGGUGAGCAGAGCGGGGGGAGCAGCGGAGGGGGAGCAGGGGUGAGAAGAGCAGGGGGGAGCAGGGGAGGGGCAGCAGAGCAGGGGGGGGCAGCGCAAGGGGGAGCAGGGGAGGGUGGAGCCGCGCAAGGGGGAGCAGGGGAGGGGGGAGCAGCGCAAAGGGGAGCAGGGGAGGGGGAGCAGCGCAAGGGGGAGCAGGGGAGGGGGAGCAGCGCAAGGGGGAGCAGGGGAGGGGGAGCAGCGCAAGGGGGAGCAGGGGAGGGGGGAGCAGCGCAAGGGGGAGCAGGGGAGGGGGGAGCAGCGCAAGGGGGAGCAGGGGAGGGGGAGCAGCGCAAGGGGGAGCAGGGGAGGGGGAGCAGCGCAAGGGGGAGCAGGGGAGGGGGAGCAGCGCAAGGGGGAGCAGGGGAGGGGGGAGCAGCGCAAGGGGGAGCAGGGGAGGGGGAGCAGCGCAAGGGGGAGCAGGGGAGGGGGAGCAGCGCAAGGGGGAGCAGGGGAGGGGGGAGCAGCGCAAGGGGGAGCAGGGGAGGGGGGAGCAGCGCAAGGGGGGGCAGAGGAAGCCGCGCCUUGGAGACCUUCUUCUUGCUCUGGUGCAAGCCAAUCCGCAAGCUGCCAGCACGGUUCUGCUGCCUCACGGCUCUCAGGAUCCUUUGCCUCGAAGGAGUGACGCUGCCAGCAGACAUUGGCCGCCUGUGUAACCUUCAGACCCUUCUUGUGCGAGACAGCUUUCAGCAGCGCCAUCUCCCGUCCUCCUUAACCGAGAUCUCCUCGUUAACAAGGCUGGAGCUGAGCGGGUGCUGCGUGAAGGAGCUUCCAGAGGGCGUGAGAGGGCUGAGCAACCUGCGGGAGUUGCACGUCUCCUUCUGCCCUCAUCUCACGGCCGUUCCAGCAUCGCUCACGUGCCUGAGUCUCCUCGAAGCUCUCACACUCUUCAGCUGCAGAAAGCUCGCGUCUGCGCCCACCAGGUUGGACGGCCUCACGAGGCUCAAGCAGCUGGUGGUGACGUCGUGUGACAUGCUGAAGCAUCCGCCUCAACUCCUGCCGGCUUCGCUUGAAACGCUGAGCUGGGGAAGCUACAGGCAUUCGAUGGCCCUGCCCGAUGUUUCCGGGCUGACAGGGCUGAGGACUCUUCGCCUGGACAGGGUGGCUGUGGCGUGUGGGCGCGCUGCGAGCAGCAGCCUACCUCACCUGGAGCGUUUAAUGAUGACGCUGGCAAGCGAUGCUGAGGAGCUUCCAUUCCCUUUGACAUCUCUUUCUCGGCUGCGCACCUUGAUAGUUCACAGCAUGAAGAACGUCCAAAGGCUGCCGGCCGAUACCGGGACAGCACUGCCGCAGCUGCGGAGGCUGGAGCUGAAAUUCGCGGGCGGAUUGAGGGAGCUGCCAGCUAGCAUCACCGCGCUUCAGAACCUGACGUGCUUGGAGAUUGACUCUGCGCCCCAACUGGCGUCCCUCCCGCAUGGCAUCGGUGCCUUGUCCCGGCUUCGACAGCUGCGACUCGUUCUCUGCGACCAUUUAGAGCAUCUGCCCGCCUCUCUCACCCGCCUUACCUGCCUGAACCAGCUGGCGAUUACGCACAGCUCCAUCCGCUCCCUGUGUCCCGACUUUGCGCGGCUUACGCGACUCAAAACCCUCAGCUUGACAGGCUGUGCGAAGCUGCAGGCGCUGCCAGGGGAGUUGAGUGAACUAAAGGCUCUGCAGAGGCUGGAUGUGAAGGAGUGUGGGCAUGUGAUUGACAGUGACGGGUCUGUGCUUCCCAGGAGCAUCAACCAGGUGUACGGACUCAAAAUAUACAAAUAG